CGCAUCGAUAGAGUUUUACUUGACCCUCCUAAUGAAAUCACUUUUGAAAAAGGGAUUGAGUCGGACGAUAUUUGGUCCAUCUAAUACUGGGUUUCAGAAAACUGAGUCUAAGAAAAAGUCCAGUAAGAAAAAUCAAAGUAAAGGUCAGCUGAAGCGUCUUCGUAAUGAACUUUACCGCAAACGUGUCGCCAAGAAAGUUAGCUGGAAGACGUUUUCAAACAAAAUAGAUACUCAACGUGAACCUGAUAAAUGCAAAAACUUACAUCGCAGUGAUAUUUGCAGGGCAGAUGCCGAGCUAACAAAACUUGGAAGACUAAUAAACCAGACAAGACAGCAAGUGUUUGGAGCUACAGAAAGUCGGGCUAUAGGAAAGAAUACGAAAAGUGUUCUUUUCAAAAAGGAAUACGACGAAUUUGAUGUUGAUCUAAAAUCCCUAAUCUGCUCAUAAUUGAAUACUAUGGGAGCGAGUUGAACUGUCUUGUUACUCACUAGCUGCUGCUUAUUCUGUCGAUUAUUUCAGAUUGUAUACGGGUCAUGAAUUUGGUUAAAAGUCUGAAGAAAAGCCCAGAUUGUAUAUAAACUUUUUAUUGCUUUUAAAUAACAGGUACAAAAUAAAGAAGUAAAUACACAUUCUAUGUUUUGUUGUCACGGGAUUUAAUUUUGAACGCUCGUAGUGUGGA